AUGAUUUCUGUCACCAACAAUCUCUCGAAAACAAGCCCAAUUCACGAGAGUGACUUGCGGAGCAUUGUUGACGAGUGCUUUGCCGAUUCCAAGGGCGACGCAAACCAGGUCGUAACCGAGCUGAUUGCCAAGCUGGUGGCCCGGCCAGAGUCGCAAAACUUCAAGUUCUUCGUGACAUACAGCUCCAUAAAAACCGGCGGCCAUCUAGAAACCGUAGCCGGUGCCCAUUGGGACCCGCUCCACGACGGCACCUGGACCUACCGGGUCGAAACACCCUCAGCAAAUGGAAUUGUUGUUAUUACGUGGAUCAAAGCAUGA